AUGUCCUCAAUGAAUUUAUCCAAGAGGUCGAACAAAGCAUAUCCUUUUGGCUAUUCGAACAUAUUACGGUCUGUCUAUCCCGCAAGCGGAAAUUUUGCUCAUCAUGACCUUACUAUCCUAGGCGGCGUAUCAAAAACGGCCAAAUCUUUCAAUAUGGACCUGUCAGACGAUCAGUGCGGUAGAAUCGUAUACCCAAGGGAUCCCCACGGGAUUCUCAUAUCUGAACUUCCGUUAAUGGGUCACUUCGUUCAGCGGGGCGAGGGCCUUGCCCCGGUCCUUACUUUUCCUGUUAACCGUGACCAUCCGAUUGUGGCUCGCUGGCGGGAGGUGGCGAGGGAAAUCAUCGCGAAGCUGGAUAAUGCGAGGUUGAAAUGGGCGGGAGUGGAGUGUUUUCAGCGCCGGCAGCUACAACAGAAAAGGAAGAAUUUUGAUGACACCACAGUCGUGAUCACAUUGGAAAAGCUUCCAUCUAGUUCAUUCGAUAAAAAAAAGCUGCUGGAGGAUAUUCAUAUGCUCUCUGGCGGGCUCUUUGUCGAACUUAUCGAAGGCCGCAUAUGCCCCGGGUACCAUUAUCGCGAACUGCCUCCAAAAACAGGAUAUGAAUUGCAACCUUCAAUGGGAGCGUCGAUCGGUAGCAUCGCUUCGUCUGAGGUAACUGGAACUCUAGGUGGAUAUGUUGAGCUUUUCAAAGCUGGCGCACCAGACAGGAUUUGCGCACUUACUUGCGGCCAUAUUGGUAUGGCCUAUGAGGAAGAUGUUUCCUCAGAUGAUGACUUCACUGGUCCCUUCACCAUGAUUGAAGAUAGCCCGAUUCCAAUUGGCCACCCAAGUUUUGGUGACCAUAACGCCAUGAUUGAGGUCUACGAAAGGGGAAUCAAGCUGUAUGAAGACUUUGAACGUGAGCAGGAAAAAAAAGUCCGAGUUGAUAGCGGAAACUUGAGAGCAAUCGAGGCACUGAGUUAUACUCGGCGGAUGGCCGCCGUAUACCGCCAGAAGCUCGCAUCGGCUAAAGACGCCGAUAGAAACAUCGGUAAUCUCUUUGCCGCAUCCGGAUAUCAAGUGUCUGAGAGUGGCUGUCUUCUAGAUUGGGCCCUUAUUGACUUGAAUCCAGGCCGAAUAGGUGUCAACAGGUGUCGAGAAGGAUUCGUUCAGUCAGUCGCGCCGGGCUUCGAUUCAGGCAGCCGGGUAGUAAAGAUUGGCCGGAGUUCAGAUUAUACAGUAGGAUAUCUAAAUGGAGUCGAGAGCUAUCUGACUUUUCGAAACACUCAGCUCGAGGUCACGCUGGCGGAGUGGGCUGUUGUCGCAGCGUCUACCCAUCCUUUUUGUGCAAGGGGUGAUUCCGGAUCCUUUGUGCUCAACGACGCCGAUGAUCUUAUUGGCUUACUCUGGGGUGUCAGGGAGACCGGUAUAUCGCAUCGUCUUGAUGCAGGCUAUAUCACCCCAUUCAGAGAGGUGGCAAAACACAUUCAAGAGGUUACUGGGUAUCAAGUCCGGCUUCCGAAAAUCGAUAGACCUGAAGAAGAUGGCUUCAACCGACUGUGA